GUGAAAAACCCAACAUUUUAACGUGCCGUCACGGUUCCGUUACAAAAUGCACUACGGCCAAUCUCACAUUGCCCCAGUUCAGCAACCCCUUCAUGAUGAUGUCACUCGACGUCUAGACAGCUUAGAAAAGCUAGUGGCUAAACAGCGAGGUGCCCCACCUCCACACCAUGCUGCUGACUCCAUACCCCACCCUUUGAACACCAACAUCACACUGAAACCCUACCCCGCUGGCUUCAGGAUACCACAACUUGAAACUUAUGAUGGGACGAAGGAUCCCGAUGAUCAUCUACAUGCUUUCUACUCUUGCAUGCAAGCCCAGAACGCCUCUAACGCGUUGAUGUGCAAAAUCUUUCCCUCGACUCUCCGAGGUAAUGCUCGAACCUGGUAUUACAGUCUACCUCCGAGGUCAAUCAGCUCUUAUACCGAAAUGGCAUCUGCUUUUGCCAUAAAGUUUUCCAGCCGAAGGUUGAUUAGGAAAACUACUUCCGAGUUGAUACGAGUUAAACAGAGGGAAGGAGAAUCUUUGAAAAAUUAUAUAAGCAGAUUCAAUGACGCAGUACUGGAGGUUAACUCCUUCGACCAGGCUGUGGAAAUUACAGCUGUGAUCUCAAGUUUAAACCAUGAGCGAUUCAGAGAUAGUUUGCUCAAGCACCCUGCCACCAGCUUCAGCGAGGUGAAUAAUAGGUCCCUGAAAUUCAUAACUGCUGAAGAAUAUGCCCUGUCACAGAAUCCAGCUCCCUCUAAUAACCAAAACCCAGACUGGAGAGAUGAGAAUUCGAACAGGAAACGGAUGAAGACAACACAAAACCGAAGUCCGGUGCCGACCUCCACCCCGAGAUUCGGAAGGCCGAACUCAGCACCUCCACAACAACCUGCAAGUAAACCUCCAGUUACUUGGACUCCUUUUAACUUGCCAAGGUCACAAAUCUUCAUGCAGAUUAAGAAUAAGAUGGACUUAAGGCGUCCAGGUCCAAUGAGAACUGCUGCUGCUACCAGAGAUCAUACUAGAUAUUGUGAUUUUCAUCAAGAUCACGGUCAUACAACAGAGCAAUGCAACAGUCUGAGGUCCGAGUUGGAAAGUCUGGCUCAGAAAGGAAUGUUGAAUGAGUACAUUCAGAGAGCUGAACAGCCAAGGUUUGUCAGAGAACAGGGGCCACAGCAUCAAGGAGUCCGCAAUCCCCCGAACAGGCAAGAGGUUAAGCAUCAAAGCCGAGCUCAGAAACAAAAGUUUGACGAUGCUGCCUGGAAGAAUCAACCUAUUACUUUCACAUCUGUCGAUUUUGACACAGUUGUUACACCUCACAAUGAUCCUCUAGUCACUUCUGUCCUGAUUAACAACUGUGAAGUACAACGUGUCCUUAUUGACACCGGGAGUGCACCAAACAUCAUGUACUUCCACUGUUUUGAGAGUCUUGGACUAGAUCAAGCAUUAUUGCAGAGAUAUGAUGAUCCCAUCUAUGGUUUCAAUAACCAGCCGGUUCCAGUUGAAGGUGUCCUAACCAUGAAUGUUGCAUUUGGGAGUGGCCGAACCUAUGUGACUCCUUCCGUCCGGUUUCUAGUAGUCAAGAUGGCGUCCUCCUUCAACGUUGUUAUUGGCCAACCCACGCUAACUAAAAUCCGAGCUAUGGUUUCCCAGUCUAACCUCCACAUGAAGUUCCCAACUCCCAUGGGAAUAGCAACACUACGAGGCAACCAGGAGGUGGCUAGACAUUGCUAUAUCACCUCGGUAACACAACCUAAGAAGGGCAAAGAUCAGAUACCUGAGGCCGUUCCCCAACAGAUUUCUGACAAUCAGCAAGUCAUAGGUGUUGAAAUAGUAGAUAAUCAACCGGAAGAUGAAACCAGAGCUGCUCCAGUUGAGGAUGUUGAAGAGGUGCACAUUGAUGACAGAGAUCCGAGCCGAAAAACGCAAAUUAGAACUAAGUUGAACCCGAAGGAAAGAGCAGAGCUAAUAGCUUUCCUUCGGGCCAACAAAGAUAUUUUUGCAUGGACUUCAGCAGACAUGCCGAGAAUUCCCACUUCGGUUUCUCAACAUAAACUCAACACCAAUCCACUCAAGAAACCAGUAGCCCAAAAGCGACGCCCCUUUGGGGGGGAAAGGUUACAGAUGUGCAUCGAUUAUACUAACCUCAACGACGCAUGUCCAAAAGACUAUUACCCAAUGCGAAACAUUGACAAGCUGGUUGAGGCAGCUUCUGGAAAAAAGAGAUUAAGUCUCUUGGAUGCAUACUCUGACUACCACCAGGUUCCAAUAGCUCCUGAGGACGAAGAGAAAACCUCGUUCUAUGCCCGCGAUGAAAUCUAUUGCUAUGUGAUGAUGCCUUUCGGCUUGAAGAACGCAGGUGCCACCUACCAGAAGAUGGUUACCAUCGUAUUCUGAGCUCAAAUAGGCUGGAAUUUGGAGGACCCACCUCGGGGCUUUGCAAGUCAAUCCGAAGUGCAGAUACGGAUUGAAGAAAGACUUCUGGUUUGG